CACAGCGCUUUAGGAGCGGCUCCUCCCGCGCGGCUUGUCGCUGUUCGUGGUGCUGAAACGUCGCCUGCGUCGCGUCGCCCUUCCAGCGGUCGCUUCCCUCCUCGGUUCUUCUCUUCUCCUCCGACGCGCCGCUCAGCCCCGCGUCCUCCGUGCCAUGGACGGGUGGUUCCGUGUUUAGCAGCGGUAUGGAUUCGCCGUGGUGUCCCGUCCUCCUCGCUGCAUUGGCGGUGAGCCUCUGCUCCUCACCUGCCACCGCGGACAGGAAAUUUGGUUGCCUGUUUGAAGAUGAGCUGUGUUCCCCGUACGAGUUCUGCGUCAACGGUAAGACAUCAGGCCAAUGUGGCGUCAGCGCUGGUUUAAACUCUUACCAGUACGAUUUGGAACUUGAGGGGAACGUCCAUCUUUUUUUUUUUUUUUUUUCAGGUUUGACGUGGCAGGACGACAUCACCCAGCAGGUCAUCUCUCAGGAGCUCUCCAAGCUGAGGACCAUUCCUCUCCGCCACCAGGCCUCGGCGCCGGGCCCGCUGACGGCCCACAGCAGCUCCAGAGACGGGAAGCUGAGCAGGAACCUCCAGCAGUACCUGGCGGGCCUGGGCCUCCUGCCGCAGGCCGAGGGGAAACCAGGAAUUCAACGACUGGGGUCCAACGCUGAGAACGACGACAUCAAGUCUGAAGGCCUCUCACAGCCCAGCCGACCGAAGCCCCAGCAGGGCUGGAAGGAGACCACCAUCUACAGCCACCAGAAAGGAGCCGGCCGGCCCCCAGUCACAAAAGUCUUCACCCAGAGCGGCGAGGGCCGACACCCCAAGCUCGGCGCAACCUACUCCAGCCGGGAGCCGGGGGGCGGCCAACUGCUCGGCAGCCAUCUGGAGCGGCUUCUUGCCGAGGUGCCGAGCGCCCAGCAGGGCGCCCCGAGCGGCAAGCCCGCGUGGCCCGAAGAUGGGAAGCUGCGCUACCUCAGCUACGCCCGGCCGGCCCCGAGUGACCGCGUAGAGCCGCGGCCUCGCGUGGCGUUUGGACCCAAAACCCAGAAGCCCAAUCCGGACAGGCUCCUGUUCGAGGCUGGCUCAAACCAAGUGACCGCCGAGGAGCCUCACGGCGUCAUGGACGAGCGAUUCAUCCAGAGCAUGGUGAGCCAGCUGGGGAGGCACAGCAUCAACGUGGAGGCUUUGAUGGGCAAAGAUCUGGACCAGCUGGCGGGGGUCAUCAAAGGGGUCCUGCAGGAGGUGCACGAGGAACGGCCUGUGGCUGGGGCCCGGCCAGGGCAGGGACCCGCCGACUCCAGGGGGGGGGGCGCGGAGGGAGACGGGCGGACGCUGGCGGCCGUGCAACAGAGUCGACCCCAGGUCCCGAAACCCGACGAAGGGAAUGAUCUAAACGAGGAAGACACACCGAGAUGGAAACAGCAAGGGCAACAAAUAGAUGGUGCAGCCAAAGAGCCUGUUGACAAGCAUGCGGCCUUCUUCUCCAAGCUGCUGGACUACCUCAACCUGGAGGCCUUCGGUGACGCUCCAAAGGUCAACCCCGGGCCACCAGCUCCCCUCCGGAAAAUGGUGGGACUGGAGAACGUCCAAAGCCGGACGACGCAGGGCCAGGCGUCCGUCCCCGUCCGCUGGGAGGAGAAGACCGGCCCUGCGAAGGAAGGCUCCGCCCUGCGCCUGACCGCCGCUGCGGAGGCGCCCGGCGCUCAGGUGGACUCAGAGAUCCACAAGUGGAUGCAGGGGAAUCGGGACCCGGAUGGGAAAAAGCAAGGGGAGGAGCCGCAGAAGAAGGACAUGAGGAUCAAGACUCAGCUGGUCCACGUGGGGGUGAAGGAGUUUUCUAGCAGAGGAAAGGACCGACACUUUGGCUACAUUAUCACAGGCUCAGACUCCCUCACCAGCGACCAGGGCUCGGACCUGAUGGAGCGGCUGACGAAGAGGCUGAACCUCCACGCUGCGGACCUCACCCAGCUCUCGGUCCUCGGUCCGGCAUUGACUUUCAGAAUUGGCCCCAACCCCAAGAACGUGACCACUGCAGAUCUGGUUCAAGUCGCAGUCCAAGAGAAGCAGCAGCUGGAGAAGGAGACUGGCCUGAAGAUAGUGGAGGCUGGAGUUAGUGAUAGGGGCAGCCUGACCCAGAUCCCGGUGGUGAAGGAGACCCGCGUGGAGUCGGGCCAGUUCCUGCUGCUCUCCGUCCUCUGCAUGCUCUUCAUCCUGGUGGCGCUGGCGGUGUCCACCACCUUCUAUUGCGUGCGCCAACGCUCCCACCUGCGCAUGAAGGAGAAGCUGGCCAGCCUGGGGACUGACACCAGUACCGAUGCCACGGCGACCUAUCAGGAGCUGUGUCGCCAGCGCAUGGCGACCCGCACGUCGGAGCGCGUGGAGCGGCCGGAGACCCUGCGCCACUCCCGGCUCAACAGCGUCUCGUCGCAGUUCAGCGACGGGCCGGCGGCCAGCCCCUCGACCCGCAGCAGCACCUCCUCCUGGUGCGAGGAGCCCGUGCCGUCCAACAUGGACAUCUCCACCGGUCACAUGAUACUGUCAUACAUGGAGGACCACUUGAAGAACAAGAACCGUCUGGAGCGCGAGUGGGAGGCCCUGUGCUCCUACCAAGCGGAGCCCAGCGGCUGCAGCGUGGGGCGCGGCGAGCACAACGCCAAGAAGAACCGCCCGGACGCCGUUGUCGUGUAUGAUCACUCCAGGAUCCACUUGAAAGCGGAGAAUAACCACGGCAACUCAGAUUACAUCAAUGCCAGUCCAAUAAUGGACCAUGACCCCCGCAACCCCACGUACAUCUCCUCGCAGGGCCCGCUUCUUUCCACCGUGGUGGACUUCUGGCAGAUGGUGUGGGAGAGCGGUUGCGUCGUGGUCGUCAUGCUGACCCCGCUGUCUGAGAACGGCGUGAAGCAGUGUCACCCCUACUGGCCCGACGAAGGAUCCGACGUCUACCACGUCUACGAGGUCAACUUGGUGUCGGAGCACAUCUGGUGCGAAGAUUUCCUGGUGCGGAGCUUCUACCUGAAGAACCUGCAGACCAACGAGACCCGCACCGUCACGCAGUUCCACUUCCUGUCCUGGAUGGACCGCGGGAUCCCCAACUCGGCCAGGACCCUCUUGGACUUCCGCAGAAAGGUUAACAAGUGCUACCGGGGUCGAUCUUGCCCAAUUAUUGUUCACUGCAGUGAUGGAGCUGGCAGGAGCGGGACUUACAUCCUGAUUGACAUGGUCCUCAAUAGGAUGGCUAAAGGUGCUAAAGAGAUUGAUAUUGCCGCUACCCUGGAGCACUUGAGAGACCAGAGAGCCGGCAUGGUCCAGACAAAGGAGCAGUUUGAGUUUGCGCUGACAGCCGUGGCUGAGGAGGUGAACGCCAUCCUGAAAGCACUUCCUCAGUGAAGGCAUCGCAUCCGCCGACUCCUCCUCGCCCGCCGAGUGCCGGUUCCCCUCUGCCCACUGGAGGAUGACGUCUGUCUCUGCCCCCCCCCUUCUCCUUCGCUGCGUUCCUGUCUUCCUCCUCCUCUGCACCUCUCUCUCUCUCUCCCUCUCUCUCUCUCUCUUUAUAUAUAUAUAUAUAUAUAUAUACCGUAUGCUUUUGAAUGUUGUGCCAGAUGUCUCACCUCGAUCUAUAUUCACAAAAACCUGGACCGUCGAUCUGGGAGCCGUGUCAGACCAGCGGGGCCUGACCUGGAUCGCCCCCCCCCUGCUGUGAGCCCCCCCCCCCCUCCGGUCCUCUAUGAGAGUGAUGUUGUUCCUGGACGUACCGUUCAAGCGCCAUUGACGGGCUGUUUACGUGAUGUCAAGUGGGUUUUUGUUCCAAAAUAAGCUCUCUGCCGUUGGGGGAACUGAGCCACACGCUUUGAAAAUGAAAAAAACGGAAAAACCAUCACUUUAAUGAUCGAUUAAAAUACCAAUUUUUUCAAUGCUUUGUCGAAAUUUGCUUCUUAUAUCUGACCUACAGCUUUAAGACACUAACUUUUUGCUUUUGAGAACGAGAAAGCAGAGAAUAUUUGACAGUUCUGCCUAAAAGAUGGAUUAAUAUCCAAAUGGUUGCCGAUGUACAUAUUUUUUGCCUAUUGACUAAUCAUCAUCAUCGACGCUCUCAACUGUAGUUCUGCUUGAGUAAUAAAAUGUAAAGUAAAUGAAGUUCCUGCCUAAUAUUGUACAGAUUAUGUCCCCUAAAUGAAUCGAUGUAUUAGACGCAUACAGCGUUUUGUGAAUAGACUCCUUACAUGUUUCUUCUCCUCUGUGAUCUGAAUCAACCCACCAUAGACCCAGCAUCACGUGCAUCACCUGUUGAAGCGUGUGUGUGUGUGUGUGUGUGUGGGUGUGUGUGUGUGUAUUUUGGGUCUCUCAGCUGACCCGCAGGUCAUGAUCCUUGAUGUAUUCUUAACAUAUCAGGUGUUUUCUAUUCCUCGCUGCAAACAUUUUAAACAUUACAUAACAAGAUAUCUGUUAAUAGUGUGAUACCAAAAUACCAAUUGAGGUGGUUCAUGUAGUGUAGAGAUAGUAAUAAUAGGAUGUACUGUAUAUGUAAGCAGAAGUUGUAUUGGAAUUGUUACUCAUAUUUUUGUCCCUCCAUCACGGGUUCAUUGUAGUAUUUUGUGCCACAUGAAAGAUUAACCCCUCUAUGUACAAUCAAUAAAUGAUGAAUACCUAAAUAGUACUAUCUGAAAUGUAUACCGAGAGCCUCAAUGAGAACUAUAUAUUUUGUGUGAAAAGUAAUAUCCAGAUUGAUAAUAAAUCAGAACAGAUUAUACUGA